AUGGAGAAAUCUGGAUUUCAAAGGUAUGCGAGUGAACAUGGGAUGAUUGUUGUGCAUCCCGACACUUCACCUAGAGGCGUGGACCUGCCUGGAGACAGCGAUUCGUGGGACUUUGGCAAAGGUGCGGGAUUCUAUGUUGACGCCACCGAAAAGCCAUGGUCAGAUCACUACAGAAUGUACAGUUACGUCACUGAAGAGCUCCUGGACACUGUUAAAAAACUGCUUCCGAUUGAUCCUGCAAGACUAGGGAUUUUCGGUCACAGCAUGGGAGGCCACGGUGCGAUUUCGAUUGGAUUGAAACGCCAUGAUAUAUUUAAAUCCAUCUCAGCAUUUGCUCCUAUAUGUCAUCCAAUUAACUGCCCAUGGGGCCAGAAAGCAUUUAAGAAUUACCUAGGUUCGGACACGAAAACAUGGGAGCAGUACGAUUCAUCAUUAUUGUUGAAAAGCUACAAUGGCUCACCAAGGAAGAUACUCGUCGACCAGGGUGCUAGUGACUCAUUUCUGUCAGCUGGGCAACUUCAGCCGGAAUCGUUGAAGUCAACCGAUUCAGUGUCUGUGGAGGUAAGGACGCAGCCGGAGUAUGACCACAGCUACUAUUUCAUCGCCACAUUUAUUGGGGACCAUUUUAAAUUUCAUGCUGAUACCCUGAAGCAUUAG